GCGUCACGAGCGCUGGUGCGAAACUAGCGCUCGCCCUGGGCGAGGAAUGAAAGGCCUUGCUCGCCGCAGCCUGUGUUUCGGGGCUUUUAUUCGGUUGUGUGGAUCUGCAGAUGUAGAAGUAAAAUGCUGCUCGUUCUCGUGUUGUGCUCGACUUGAGUGACAAUCCGCCGACGCCAACCGGGUUACCACGAAACGCUGAGCUUGCAGGGAGUGAAAGAACAAGCGGGAUGGAGACUCCAGACCUCUUGUCAGCAGCUCUGGAUGAGUCUGGAAUCGGGGCGGAGGAAAUGGCCAACAACCAUGCGCUGGACCCCAGUCAAAACUUGUCACGCUAUCAAAUUCCUCCGCACCUGAUGAACUACUUGCCGCCUCACAUGAUCCAGCAGAUGGCACAACACAUGGCCCAACAGAUGGCACAGGCAAUGGCUCAGCAGAUGCCUUUCCCUCAAGCAGGCCCAGGCGGCAAGUUCGCCCCAGGAAUGGGUCCCCCUGGCCCCGGCAUGGACAAGGGUCCGAGCGCACCAUACUACAUGGUUCCACCUUUUGGGUUCAAGGCCGGAAAUGGAGGAACACCCCCGUACCCCAUAUUUCGACCGCCUUUCGGAAUGGGGUCGGGAGUCAUGCCUCCCCAGCCUCAACAGACUGGAGAGGAUGCUGAAGAGGAAGAGGAACUGGGACUGGCUGAGACGUACGCUGAAUACACUCCUUCUAAGCUGAAAAUCGGCGAGCGGCACCCGGAUCCUGUGGUGGAGACCAGCUCUCUGUCGAGUGUACAGCCGCCGGCUGUGUGGUACAACCUAUCUAUUCCUGAGGAGGUCAUUGACCGUGCUCUCCUAUCCGCACUUCAGCUGGAAGCAAUUGUCUAUGCAAGCCAGCAGCACGAAGUGCUACUUCCCGAUGGAAGCCGGGCGGGGUUCCUCAUUGGAGACGGUGCUGGUGUGGGCAAAGGCCGAACCAUCGCAGGGAUUAUUUAUGAAAACUACCUUUUGGGCCGCAAGAGAGCAAUCUGGGUGAGCGUGUCCAAUGAUUUGAAGUACGACUCCGAAAGAGACCUGCGGGACAUAGGUGCUGGAAAAAUUGAGGUUCAUUCUUUAAACAAGUUCAAAUACGCGAAGAUCUCCUCCAAGGUGAAUGGCAGCGUGAAGAAGGGCGUCAUAUUUUCCACGUACUCGUCUCUGAUUGGUGAAAGCCAAGGUGGUGGCAAGUACAAGACGCGACUCAAGCAGCUCCUGCACUGGUGUGGCGAUGAUUUCGACGGAGUUAUUGUAUUUGACGAGUGCCACAAAGCCAAAAACUUGUGUCCCGUGGGCUCCUCCAAACCAACCAAGACUGGCCUCACUGUGCUAGAACUGCAGAACAAGCUUCCCAAGGCACGAGUGGUCUAUGCCAGUGCUACAGGUGCCUCCGAGCCAAAGAACAUGGCCUACAUGACUCGCCUAGGCAUCUGGGGUGAGGGAACACCGUUCCGGGAGUUCUCGGAUUUCAUUUCAGCUGUCGAAAAGCGAGGCGUUGGGGCCAUGGAGUUGGUCGCCAUGGACAUGAAGUUGAGAGGCAUGUAUAUGGCUCGCCAGCUGAGCUUCACUGGAGUAUCCUUCAAGAUUGAUGAAAUACCUCUGGCAAAACAAUUCAUUGCCAUGUACAACGAAUCUGUGAAGCUGUGGGUGGAUGCUCGUGCAAUGUUCCAAGAGGCAGCUGAGCUGAUGGAGGGUGAUUCGCGCAUCAAGAAGACUAUGUGGGGCCAGUUCUGGGCCUCGCACCAGCGUUUCUUCAAGUAUCUCUGCAUCGCUUCGAAGGUACCCCACGUGGUGUCCCUCGCCCGAGAGGCUGUCAAAAAUGACAAGUGCGUGGUGAUUGGCCUGCAGUCCACUGGGGAGGCUAGGACACUGGAACAGCUAGAGGAACAAGGCGGUGAACUCUCAGACUUUGUCUCUACGGCCAAGGGAGUCUUGCAGACUCUUAUCGAGAAGCAUUUUCCGGCACCCAACCGCAAGAAGUCGCUGAGGCUUCUGGGGCUAGGUGGCAUUGUAGAUGACCCGAUCCCCUCGCCGCCCCCGUCUUCGUCGACGGGGGGACACAAGCGGAAGAGUGCUCGACAGGCUCGGCAGGGGGUGAAGCGCUACAGGGAGGCUUCCUCGGGUGACGACUACGACAGCGACGUUGAGGUCAAGAGUGAGCCGGAGAGCGACUUUGAGCCGUCUGUGUCCAGUUCAGCAGCGGAGGACUCCGAAGGCAGCUCGGCUGUCGAAUCGGACGCAGAAGACGACUUCAACCCUUUUGGUGAUGACUCGGACAGCGACGAUCCCUGGGCAAGUCGUAAGAACAAAUCUAAAAAUAAAAACAAGAAGCAAAAAACCAAAAAGAAGAAGAAGUACGAGAAGCCCACGAGGAACGGCGCCGCUCCGCAGCCAGUUGUCCGGAAUGUGCCCACCGUUGACAGCGAAAAGAAGGCAGCAGCCAUGAAGCAGGAACUGCUUGAGCGACUGGAAAACCUUGGGGACAAACUGCCUCCCAACACACUGGAUCAACUCAUUGACGAACUCGGCGGGCCCGAGAAUGUCGCUGAGAUGACGGGCAGGAAAGGGCGUGUGGUGAGCACAGACAAUGGUACAAUCCAGUACGAGUCUCGGUCCGAGGUUGAUGUGCCCUUGGAAACUCUAAACCUCACCGAGAAACAGAGGUUCAUGGACGGUGAGAAGCACAUUGCCAUCAUCUCUGAGGCAGCCAGCUCUGGUAUCUCGCUGCAGUCGGACAGGAGAGCAAAAAACCAGGCUCGUAGGGUCCACAUCACCCUCGAGUUGCCCUGGAGUGCAGACAGAGCAGUGCAGCAGUUUGGCCGAACGCACAGGUCAAACCAGGUGAAUGCCCCAGAGUACAUAUUCCUCAUUUCGGACUUGGCUGGUGAGCGAAGAUUCGCUUCCAUCGUGGCUAAACGUCUCGAGAGCUUGGGUGCUCUGACCCAUGGCGACAGAAGAGCCGGCGAGUCCAGAGAUCUUUCUCGUUUUAACAUUGACAACAAGUAUGGCCGAGCUGCCCUGGAGACCAUGAUGCGUGGCCUAAUGGAGAUGGAAAUCCCGCCUCUAGUUCCACCACCUGAGGACUACGAGGGGGAUUUCUUUGCCGAUUGCCGAAAAGCACUGGUGGGUGUAGGCUUGGUGAAUGAGGACGAAUUCAGCAAGAUGCAGACGCUUGACAAAGACUACAACAACAUGAGCAAGUUUCUGAACCGCAUCCUCGGCAUUGAAGUAGAGCUUCAGAAUGCCUUGUUCAAGUACUUCACGGAUACCCUGGAUGCCAUCAUCACCGAGGCCAAGAAAACAGGCCGUUACGACCUGGGCAUCUUGGACCUGGGAACGGCUGGCGACAAUGUCAAGCGCGUGAAGGUGGACGAGUUCAUCCGGACUCACGCUACUGGCACCGCUAAGACGGAGCUCCACACAGUGAGUGUCGAACGUGGGCUCUCUUUCGAAGCCUCGCAGGACAUCUGGAAGGAGCUGACGAGCAAGGACGAAGGUUACUACCUCUCCAAUCAGGUGCGUUGUGGGAAAAAGACUGCAGUGUUGGCUGUUGCGGACCAAGCACGGAGGUCAAAGGAGAAGAAAGAAAAGCUGUUCCGGCUGUACAGGCCAAACACGGGCCUCCAGGUUCGCCAGGAGAGCCUCAAUGAGCUGAAGAGCAAGUACAAAAAGGUCACGCCAGAUGAAGCCCAACCCCAUUGGCAAGAGCAGUAUGAAUCAUCUGAAAACACAUGUAGUCACAUCUACUGGUACAACAGCUGCCGCAAGAAGACCAUGGGCAUGGCGUGCGAGAUUGGGCUGAGGCGGCGCACGUACCACGUGUUGAGUGGGUCGGUGCUGGCUGUCUGGGCCAAGGUGGAGAGCGUGCUGAGCUCAGUCCACGGCCACCACAGUUCCUCCAAACUACAGGUGGUGCGCCUCAAGACUGAGGACAACUUGCGCAUUGUCGGUACUAUUAUUCCAAGCAACUGCGUUGCCCCACUGGUAAAUGUUCUCUCUCAAGACGCUGAGAAGACCAACUCUGAGACCUUUUGAGGCUGGGCCUGCUGUCUGUGUGCGAGUGCGCGCUGCCAGCCUGCACUGCGUGUUGUCAGCGGGGCGGCGUUGUCGUUGUGCCUGGCAGUGGUGUUGGCAGCCGGGAAGGUUCUCCUCUGUGGACUCUCUCUCUCUCUCUCUGUGUCUUCGUCGGGUGUCUUGACUUCUUGUGCAUGUAUGUCGCAGUGCCGCUCUCCUCUUGCUAUACAGUCCUCGAUACCCGUGAUGUCAGUAGGGACGUUGCUUCUUCAUUUUAUCGCGCUUUCUUCAUCUCUGUUCUUUGUUUUUUUUUAUUUGAUGAAAGUGAAGGAAGAAGGUCUACGGCAAGAACUGAACCAAUGCGUUACAACAAAACAACGGGCUAGGAAAGAUGUUUCAAUUUUUCUCACCCUCCUCUCGUGUCCCGAGAGAAGGGAAAGUUUAGUGAGAGAGGAUGUUGAAAAAAAAUAUGUGGACGUCUCUUGUGUGUAUGUUGUAUGAUGAAAGAAAAUGUAUGUAGGAGUAUGUAUGUAUGUAUCAUGAUCGCUUCCUCUCAUAAUGGAGGAGAACACAAAAGAAAGGACAGCUUUUGUAGAUAAUUGUCUCACCUUUUUUUUUGUACUCACUGCCCCUUUCCUUUUAUUAUUUUUUUUUAUUCUCGUUGCUCUUCUCUCGCGUCGCCGAGUGGCACACCCUGUCAGGCAUUUUUUUUUCCCCCUACCCAUGUGUUGUUACUGAACCAUUCGUUGUAAGUGACACAUCAUUUUGGAGAACGUUAAAAAAAGUUUGAAAAAAAAAGAAAAGUAAACGAUCGUUCCCAAGUACACCCAUCUCAUUUAGCACACAGCACCCCAUGCAUUUCUGCAUUUCAGGUCCCUCUAUCUUAUCUGUCCCUUUCAUAAUCUUCCUCUCCGAAAAUGCCACUUCGUUCCGAUCAGCCAGAUUUGGCAUGAAUGUCGAGCAGUACUCAGUUUAGUCAGACCAAAUCGUGUUUCCCACUCUUGACACAGUAUAAUUGCGUAACAGUGAUGGGAAGGCAAGCUGGCAGGUGGCCAUGUGUUUAGUGAAGCAUAUUUCGUAACUAUUUAUUACUCUCUAGCUCUUGCUGUUUACAGCAAUGUUUACUGGCAGUAAAACAGUGACAAUGCUUUGUCCUCCUCCUACAACUCUGUUUGGAACAUCUUGAUGAACACUUGUCAGUAAAGGCAAAAUGAACAAGUUCAUUUCUAAAUUAACGAGCUAUUCAACCAUUCCCAUGGAAAUGACUCUGAGGACUCGAAACAGUUCCGAAAUAAAAACGACAAUGCAAACCUA